AUGAAAUCGUGUUUCGUUAUUUUGUGGUUAUGCCGGUUUAUUCUUGCUGUGACCGACACUGGAACGCCUACGGGACUUCUCGCAGAAUGUCCAGGAAUGACGAAGAACACUACACUAUCAGAGGAGACCAGAAAAUCGCUAACGGUCGUUGCCCUGUGGCCCGACAGCAGCAGUUGGCUUGGCAGCAAAGAAGUGACGUGUAAGCUAAGUCACCGCGGAGCAGGGUGUGUGGCGAAACACCUCGAUUUUAAAAAAAGAAAGACCUUGGUAUUUGUGAGCGGUUACUUGGACGCAUCCUUCUCACCAAUUUCGAGGGCCUUGGCUACUCCUUAUCUUAACCGCGGGUACAAUGUUAUCAUCGUGGAAAUUUAUCCGAUACUACAUCGCACUUAUCCAGUUGCAGCUCGCCUCACGAAGCCAUUAGGACACAUCUUGGGGGAGUUUCUGGCCGAUUUAACCCUAAAAGGUCUGUCGCAUCACAAACUCGAGCUGCUCGGAGGCAGCCUUGGCGCGCAUAUAGCUUCGUACGCGGCGACACGUUACCACGAGCUUACGUAUUUCAAACCUGCAAGAUUAACUGGUUUAGAUCCAGCAGGACCAUGUUUCCGUCGUCUGCCACGCUCCGAAAGAAUCAACCCUGAUGUCGCUCACAAAGUAGACGCAAUGCACACUAACAUCGAUGGCUUUGGUUUGCCUGACCCCGUGGGGCAUGUGGACUUCUAUAUAAAUGGAGGUGAAUUCCAACCGUCAAUUGAGUUGAAUUAUCUACUCCCCUGCCUCCAACUCUGCAGUCACGUACGAGCAGCUAUUUAUUGGGUCCUUGCGAACUACGAAACUGACAAAUUCUUAGCUGUGCGCUGUACUUCUUUAGCGGACGUGAGACAGGGCAAUUGCUACCAUGGACACUUGGAGACCAACGUGUUAGGCCCAAAGACUAACUUCAGUAGGCCAGGGCUUUAUUAUCUUCCCACAACAGAGUCCUAUCCAUUUUAUCUGCGUGAAAAGGGUUUGAAGCUGAGGAAAUUUGCAGCAAACAAUUAUCUAUUGAACCUCACGCCUGAUGAGGAUAUUGUGGUAUGA